AUGCCUGACAUUAGGUUCUACGCGGUGGAAAUACUGCUGGCCAGCCUGGCCUUGGGAAUCGUGUACUGCAACCUCAAGAGUCAAGCCCAGAGAACAUCCUCCACAGCUCUCAGAUUUCGACCUCUCCCUUCAGUCCACUGCAUCCCCCACCGUCGAACCGCUAGACCCCAUUGCCCCUGCCGACCCCUCCUGCCUCCCCCACCGCCUCUUCGGUACCAGCAAGCUGCCCGGUUCUCUCCCGGACCGCCGAUUCGUAUAGCCGAGCCGGUCGCCGCCUGGUCCUGCUCCUUCGUCGAGACCUAUGAGUACAUCGCCCCCGAGGUCGCCUCUGGCCAGACACACGGCAGCGCCAUCGACUGGUGGGCAUACGACGUCUUCAUCUACGAGAUCCUCUAUGGUCGCACCCCCUUCGCGGAGCCCACCAAAGAAGCCAUCCUCUGCAACAUCGUCAAUCAGCCCCUCGCCUUCCCCGCUGCUCGCGGCCCGGCAGACUCCACCGCCUGGGACCUCAUCUCCGGUCUGCUCAUCAAGGAGCCGGCCUCCCGGCUCGGUUCGAAACGGGGAGCCGCCGACGUCAAAGCCCAUCCGUUCUUCAAAGGCCUGAACCUGGCUCUCCUCCGCUCCUAUCGGCCUCUAUGGACGCCCGUGCCGACGGUGCUCGCGGCCGAAACUGGCGGCCGCCGCACGCGACGACGAACCGGUAUAGAUCUUAUCCUUACCUUGCUGAACUCUUCGUUCCUGGAGUUGCUUCCACGAAACCUGUACAUGUCCCUUUAA